CGGUAAUUAAAGGAAAUUCUAUAUCUGUAAAUUUUCUCGUCUCCCCAAACAGAGAACAAAGAUAACUGUUGUAUAAUUCCCUUUCACCUGCUGCUGCUGGGACGCAGAAUUCUUGAGCAACCAACAUAACAAACCCUUUUCUGCAAAAUCAAUCCUAUUUUUCUUUCUCUGAAAGCAUUGGUCUGCUUGGGUGUCAUUUGACUAGCAUCUUAUUGAAAGCUUUGGUGUCACAUUGACCUAACUAUUUAAAUUGCCCAGCCAGAUUGGAUAUUGGGGAUUCUUUGUGCAUCAUAGCCUCAUGACUUCUUCCGUGCAUGAUCUUUCAGAUUGUUGUCCAGAUAAUAGUGAGACUAGCGAGCAGCAGAAACACUCAGAACCUCAGGUUCAUUCUUCAUCUCCUGCAACUGCAUCAAUGCAUCCAGGGAUGUCAAACCCAAAUGCUCAGUAUGCAACAAAUCUGCAACUUGGUUCAGGGCAUGCAAUGGCAGCGGCAGCUUACCCUUACCCAGAUCCCUACUAUAGAAGCAUUUUUGCUCCCUAUGAUGCUCAGCCAUAUCCUCCACAGCCCUAUGGUGGACAACCAAUGGUUCAUCUUCAGUUAAUGGGAAUUCAGCAAGCUGGAGUUCCUUUGCCAUCAGAUGCAGUUGAGGAACCUGUUUUUGUCAAUGCAAAACAAUAUCACGGCAUCUUGAGACGUCGACAGUCCCGUGCAAAAGCUGAAUCAGAAAACAAAGCCAUCAAGUCUCGGAAGCCAUACUUGCAUGAAUCUCGACAUCUGCAUGCAUUGAGAAGAGCUAGAGGAUUGGGUGGUCGGUUUCUCAAUUCCAAGAAGGAUGAAAAUCAACAAGAGAAUGAUUCUGUAGGUGACAAAUCACAGUCCAAUAUCAAUCUUAACUCUGAUAAAAAUGAUAUUGCUUCCUCAGAUAGCAAGUCUUGAUAACAGCGAGUUGGUGGCAGAUGCGAGGGCCCUCAAAUCUGAUAUUUAUGGGUGAUAUGCAGGAGAGCCAUCGCCCAAUAGUCAGUAUUGCUUCACUCUGGUUCUUCACUUACAAGUCAUUAGUAUGUAUAGGGGUUUUUCUAGUAUUUGGUUUGUAGGAGGUUGCAAAGACGAAGCAGGCAGUGUAAUUAAGGAGCAUGGUAGUUCUCUUUGCAACAGUGGUCUUAUUUAUAGGUUUUUUCUUUCUCCUUUUCCACGAGGGGACUGUUGGUUAGGUUUCAUGUGCCGGCAUUUCUUUGCCUUGAAGAAUGUGGUCAAGCUAGAUAUUUUUCUAACAAAAAGUUGGGAGUUUUCUUAAUUGGUUGAGUUGAUUAUGUUUCAUUAGCUUAACAAAGAUUAGGUUGGCUGUUCCUAUGUAGCAUUAGCCUUGUGAUUACUAUCUAUUGUCAACUUUGCUAAUAAGAUGGAUGGUUUGAUUGGUA